AUGUUCGCCAGAAGAGAAAAGAAGGCAAUUGCCAAGCCUAGCACUAUAUCAACGUCGUCGUCAGGAUUACCUAAAUGGCGACAAUCACCGGUUGAUCUCUGCAAGGCAGCCACGUGGAGCCAAAAAUUCCCACCACUUUAUUUAACCAACUACUGGUCACACGAAGGUACUGCUAUGAUGACGAAUACAGGCAGAACAGUCAGCAUAGAAUUUUCCGAUAGAGAGCCGCCAUUGCUACGAGGUGGUCCUUUGAACAAAGACGAGUUCCAAUUCAUGAAUGUGCAAUUUCGUUGGGGGCCCGAAAACUCGUUGGGAGCUGAACAUUCCAUAAAUGGGAUCUGGUACUCCAUGGAGGCACAGAUAAUGCAUUGGAACACUCGUUACGGAUCGAUGGAGAAGUGCUUCGACAAACCGGAUGGAAUCAUAAUACUCUCCACUCUCAUGCAAGUGAUUGGCUGUCCCGGAGUACCUGAUAAUCCUUCUCUGACAGCGAUUACCGAUAACUUGUCGAAGAUCAAGAAAAUGGGUAGCAGUACCAAGAUUUCACCUGGCUUACCAACGACUGGUCAAUCUCCAAUUAAUCUAGACGAUAACAUAGUACGGAAACGCAGAUAUACUCCACUUGUUUUAAAUGGUCACUGGUUGAACGACGGAGAAGCACGAUUAUGCAAUACGGGUAUUACAGCGAAAGUUUCCUUAGGUGGAAACAGGAUCCCAUCCACAAUUUGUGGUGGACCACUUUCGGACGACGUGUACGAAUUUUCAAACGUGCAUUUUCACUGGGGCGAAGAUAAUUGCAAGGGUGCUGAACACACUAUCAAUGAUACUUGGUACUCAAUGGAGGGUCACGCGGUACAUUGGAAUAGAAAAUAUAUAACUAUGGAAGAAUGUUUCAGACACAAAGAUGGUCUAUGCUGUUUGGCGUAUUUAUUUUUAGUACAACCAGCUUGUUGCGAUUGCAUUAAUCCACAAUUGGAAAGGAUAACGGAAUACUUGAAGCAUAUUCCAGAUCCAGAUAUGGAAACGAAAAUACCAGCUAAUUGUUUAUCGUGGAUGCGUUGGGCGACGUAUUGUACGAGAUACUAUACUUACGCAGGAUCAUACAAUGCAGGUGAAUAUCCAGAAUGCAUGACUUGGAUAGUAUUCCCCGUGGUAAUACCCAUACGACCCAGUGAACUGAACGAAUUUCGAAAACUGAGAGACAGGUCUGGACAGUACAUAAAAUCAAAUUGGCGGGAAAUACAGUUACUCAAAUGUAGACAAAUAUAUCUGGCAGUCUCAUAA